UCUGUGUAUUUUUUCUAUAUAAAAAUAUGUCGAAUAAACUUUCUAUUUUAUCUUAACAGCCCCUACCGUUAAAUAGUUUUUGUGCUAUUUGCCCAUGGUAUUAAUAGUCCUCAAACUAUUCAACGGCAGCAUUCGAUUUCCCUCGCUUUUCAUCUCGGAUCUUUUCUGAUUUUAUCUAAAUCAAGACGUCACAAAGUCCGAUAACUCUAAACUGUUUACCAGACGACAAUCAUGGCAGAGCGCUUUGCAUCCUUGACGGAAGGGGAUUUAGAGAGUAUAUUGGAUGAAAGGGAUGCAGUCAAUACUAAAAAAGUAAUUAAAGCAUCUACUAACAUCUUGAAUGAAUAUUUGAGAGCUAAAAACAGUGAAAUUACAGACAUUACGCAACUUGAGCAAGCAGAAACCCUUCAGGUUGUAACGAUACUAAGGAAAUUCUACUGCGAGGUUCGUAAAACGGAUGGUUCUUUCUACGCUAAAAAGUCCAUGAUCACCCUGCGAUUCGGAUUACAGAAGCACUUCCUGAAAACGCGAGAGGAAGAUAUUGUAAACAAUGAACAGUACAAGUCCGCCAAUGAAAUUUUUAAAGCUGUUUUGGUCAAGCUGAAAAAAGAGGGCAUCGGAGACGUAAAACAUAAGGACAGUAUAACGCAGGAUGACUUGAGAAAACUUUACCAAAGUGACUGUUUUAAAUUGGACAAUCCUCAAUCUUUGCAGAAUAGAGUGUUUUUUGAGUUUAUCUACUACAAUUGUAACAGGGGACGAGAAAAUGUGAGGGAGGUGAAGAAAGAGGAUUUCGAGAUAAACACUGAUUCCUUAGGACGUAAAUACAUCAGAAUGAAGACAAAAAGACAGACAAAAAAUCAUCGAGGAGAUGACAUUAGAGAUCAUGAUGACAAGGAAGGCCGAAUUUACGAGAAUCCAGGUGACAAAGACUGCCCUGUUGCUGCAUUUCAACUAUACUUGAGUAAGCUUCACCCCCAAAAUCCUUAUUUUUGGCAACGCCCCAAAAAAGUAGAAAAUAUGUCCGAGAACCUAUGGUAUGAUAACAUGGCAGUGGGGAAAAAUACCCUCGGUAAAAUUAUGGCAAAAGUGAGCGAGGAAGCAGGUUUGUCUAAACGGUACACCAACCAUUGCAUAAGAGCGACAUGCAUUACGAAUUUAGAUGAAAAUGGCAUCGAGACAAGACAUAUCAUGGAAAUAAGUGGGCACAAGUCUGAAAGCUCUGUUCGUUCAUAUACUAAACGUCUUGGGGAGCAGAAGCAGAGGGAGAUUUCCAACAUCCUGAGUAGCUGUGUGAAAUCAGAAACCGAACCAGCACCGAAAAUUCCCCGUAAAUCACAAGCAUCCUCGACUUUACAAGCUCCCAACUUUCCAGAUUUUCUGGAUGAUGCUUUAAACAUUCCAGAUAUUCUGACGGACAGUGUUCUCGAAAACAUAGAAAACUUUGAAAACAAUUACACGGCUACAAACAAUGUCCAAAUCCCUAAUUAUAUGGCCACCAACAAUUUCCAACUCCCUCAUGGUUUUUCUAUUCAAAAUAUUAGUGGAUCAAAUAUCCAUUUCCAUUUUGAUAAGAAUUAAAUUGCAAAAAUGAUUCAUUGUUCAUUGAACUUUUUUGUGUAAAUGUUAAUUGUUGAACAUUUUUAUUAUUGUUGAUUUCAAAAAUUUAUUAAACAAGAA